AUGUGUUCCGAAGCUGAUCAGUCCCCGACAACAGUCGCUGCGCCUCCAACUCCCUCCAAGCCUAUCAUUGUCGGCAUCUAUGGCCUCCCGGGUUCCGGCAAGUCGACCGUCCUCGAACACCUUUCACGGGCAGUCCCAAGCAAUAUGUUCUCCGUCUACGAAGGCUCUUCAGUCAUUGCCUCUCUGAUGGGCCCAAACCGUGGACUGGGCGACUUCAUUGCCUUGACCGAAGAAGAGAAAACUCGGUACCGCGAGCUCGCCAUCGCCCAGAUCCGUGACGAGUGCCAAAGGUCGGGCCUGGCCGGUGUUGUUGCCGGGCAUUACAUGUUUUGGCCCAAGGGUAGCGAGCAGGGAACGGUGGUCUGGACAAAAGACGACCAAGAUACGUUCACACAUAUCAUCUACCUUCAAGUGGCCGCGGAAACGCUUUGCCGUCGUCGACAACGCGACCAGGUCAGGCAGCGCGAGGCAGUGACACCUGGACACCUGCACAAAUGGCAAGAGGAGGAAAUGCGGCAGCUGGAUACCUUGGCAAAGAUUUUGGGAAUUCACUUUGAAGGUCUCAAAUAUGACACGCCGGCAAAACAUUUGGCAUCCGAGAUAUCACACAAGCUCCACGAGUUCCGCACGGAAUCGGAACACUGCAACCACAUACGAGUACUGGCCGCAGUGGAUGAGAUGCUAGCCAACGUCACGGCUUGCCGCGAUACCAGGGUGACCACGGCCCUGGUAUUUGACGCAGACAAGACGCUGACUGCCAAGGAUACCGGCAGAGACUUUUGGGAGCGUCAAUCCAGUAGACCCAUUGGCAAGGACGAGCUGACCCCGGCCGAAAAGAUAUUCCGCGAGCACGGCUACAGCUAUGAGGCUUUCCGCCAGGUAGCCAUGUUGUACAGUGACACCCACAGAGAUUUCGAGAGGGUCUGCCAUGAUGUUGCGAAGGAGACCACUCUGUAUCCCGAGUUCCUGUCUAUACUGCGCCGUGUCCGAAAGCACGAGCACGUCAUGGCUGUGGUGGUGACUUGCGGGCUACGCCGGGUAUGGGAGCUUGUGAUGGAGAAAGAAGACUUGGGAAGGCACAUCGAGAUUAUUGGCGGCGGGGACAUUCGCGAGAAGUUGAUCAUCACUGCCAAAUCCAAAGAAGGCGUUGCCAACCGUUUGCGAGGUCCUCCUCAUAACCUUCGUGUGGUGGCUUUUGGAGACGGCCCGCUGGACCUACCAAUGCUCCGGGCUGCUGACGAAGGCGUUGUAGUCGUGGGCGAGGAACUGACUAGAAGCAAGUCGAUGGAGGACGCUCUCUCCAUAGCCAUUGAACAUGUCAACACUAACGACGCACCACACAGUCACAAUCUCCGUCAAACCCUCCUCCCGUACACCGUCACUCCCCGUCUCGACACUGUCCGGCUUCCUGUGGUCGACCUCUCUGAUCCAACCGACCCAUUCAAUCAAUCCCUUUUCGACGGCCCGCCCUCCAACCUUUUGCAUACUAGCAACCGCCCGUCCGCCAGGGUCCUGAUGACCCCAACCCGCGACGCUAACAUCUCUGGUCCAGCGUUGAGAGAAGCGCAUCGUCGCAUUAGCUGGUACCUAGCCACGGAGUUGAUUACGUCUCUUAUAGGCCUGGAAGAGUACUCAAUCCCUCACGUCCAAGGACACGCUACCACCGGCCAUCGCCUCCUCCGCGAACAAGACACAACCAUCGUUGCCUUAAUGAGGGGCGGAGAGCCCAUGGCUUUUGGCGUCAACGAAGCCUUUCCGCUCGCUAUGUUCUUGUACGCUAAAACACCGGAGGAUAUAGUAUUAGAGUUUCGUAAGCGUAUACGUACUAUAGAUGAAGGGAGGGAUAUCCACUUUGUAGUAGUCGCGGGGGUUAUAUAG